UCAGUGAUGUUGAAGGAGGAACAUUGAGUUUCAGCAUGGCGGAUGGUACACCUACUACAACGACUAUGAAACGUGACUUCAGUCGAGUUUUGAUUACACUUGACAAUGUACUCAUACCUAAUGAUAAAUUGUCAGAAACACCUUCGAUGCAAGAUGGGCUUGACAAAGAAGUGGAAAUCGACCUCAGGAUUUUGGGCUGUGAACUGAUUCAAACUGCGGGAAUCCUGCUCAAGCUGCCUCAGGUGGCUAUGGCAACUGCCCAGGUUGUGUUUCAAAGAUUCUACUUUUCAAAGUCCUUCAUCAAGCAUAAUAUGGAGGUUGUGGCCAUGGCCAGCAUAAUGCUAGCCUCAAAGAUUGAAGAGUGCCCCAAGCGAAACAGAGAUGUGAUCAAUGUCUUUCAUCACGUCAAGCAAGUGAGAAAUAAAAGGAAUAUUCACCCACUAGCUUUAGACCAACAUUACAUUAACCUGAAGAACCAAGUCAUCAAGGCUGAGAGGAGAGUUCUCAAAGAGCUAGGAUUUUGUGUCCAUGUGAAGCAUCCUCACAAGAUCAUUGUGAUGUACCUGGAGGUGCUUGGUAGCACCGGGAAACGGCAGCUGGUCCAGUCCGCUUGGAACUUCAUGAAUGACAGCCUGCGCUCCGAUGUCUUCAUGCGCUUUCAGCCCGAGUCUAUUGCUUGUGCUUGCAUUUACCUGGCUGCACGACAGUGUCAGAUUCCAUUGCCCAACAGCCCCCCUUGGUUCUGGCUCUUCAGAGUGACCGAGGAUGAAAUCCAGCAAAUAUGUUUGUCCAUCCUUCAGCUCUACGCACGUCCUAAGCCCAACUAUGAGAGUCUGGAGAGGACGGUGGAAGAGUUGAAAAAGAAGCAGCAGGCAGCAAAGUCAAAAGCCCGAGGCAUUCUGUCAGAUGUGGACACCCCUAAUUCUUCUUCGCGCCAAAAUUCUCCAAAGGUGAUCAGUCCCAAUCCUACCAGCUUACUGGCCUCCAUAAAGAAGGAGAAGGAAAAAGCAGAUGCAGACAUGGCCAAGCGGUCUGACAACAGCGAGCACGGCAGCAGCAAGUCAGGGCAGGGCAAUGACCACCAAGUCCUGUCUGGCAAAAAGAGGAGUAGAGAUCACAGCGACGGCAGUGAUCGAAGUGGGGCCUCUGGGUCAUCUGGUAGUCACUUGAGCCAUCGUAGCCGCAGUCCAAGGUCUGAUUCUCCAAGCAGCAAGAAGCGAAAACGUUCCCCAGGCAACAGAAAACCAAAAAAGUUGGAAGCGUUUGGCAGGGAGAAGCACAAAAAGAAGUACAGAUCACGCUCAAGGUCUCGCUCCCACUCGCAUUCACCUCGCUCUCCUGUCCGAUCUGCGAAGCUAUCCAAGAAGUCCCGUCGAGACGAGUACAAAGAUGGCCGGGACUACUACAAAGACAACGGAAGAGACUACAAAGAAAAGGACGGCUUCCGGGAGAAGGACUACAAGGACCGCGACUACUACCGGGAGAAGGACCACAAAGACAGGGGAGACUACUACAAGGACAGGGACUACAGAGACCGUAGGUCCUACACCCCAGAGAAGGACCGGCACCGCUCCAGGAAGCACCGUAGCAACGGGCACCGAGACAGCCCUAUACGAGACAAGAUAGAUAAGCAUAGACGUUAACUUGUUUUCUUGUUAGAUGACGGGCAUUGUGUGCAAGAGGUCUUUGUAUGUUAGGAUGACUCCUUACUUUGGAACUUCAGUAUUCAUUUCAGCUAGACUGUGUUGCCUCUCAUUGGAAUUUCUUUUUCUCAUAUGUCUGCUAUUGUUUAGCAGUGAACUGGCAUCAGGUUGCACUUAACUAAUAGGUUCUAGUGUGUAAUGUUUAUGCAUCCUCUAUAUGGACAUAAGUGUUCACUUCUUGUAACAUUCCGACCGGUGAUGUAAAACAUUGAUGGAAUUUUUACCAGAUCUCUAGAAAACAUCCUCAUAAAAGUACUGCCAUGUAUAAUGCAUGUUUGAGAGUUGAAAGAUGGUGGACUGUGUUGUCUGAACCAAAGGAAGUAGGGGGGGGGGGGGAAUUAGACUUAGAAUUAGAAUUAGAAUUUUUUGCUGCUAACAAAAUUUUUUACAAAGCCAAGUGGAGUGGUAUGUGAGUAAGAAGCUCUCGUGAGAGUAGUUACAUAGCGUUGUUUUGUAAGCCAUUGGAAAUAACUGUGAUGUAGGAAGAUUUUGAUAAAUGUACACCAUUAUUUGCAAUACUGACUCAGGACGGUGACAGAAUGUGUACAUGUUGACCAGAUGGCGGAGACGUCUCGUGAUGCAGAAAUAGUUAUGGGUGUGUUUGAAAUUGAAUAGUUGUACUUUCAUGUGUGUGUGUGUGUAUGAUGAUGUAUGUAACCUGUGCAUUUGGGGACAUUAAAGACAUAUGACAUGUA